AUGCCGGUGGUCAGCGUGCUUCAACACGGCUCGAGCCGGAAGCUCGACCUUGUCUUCCCACGGCGCAGGCAGGCAGAUAGAGGGAAGCAGCACACGCCGCCAGCAGCACACGACGCCGAGUGCUGGGACUGGGACUGGGAUGAGGUGUCUGUCGCCCGCUCCGCCGUCGAUCCCGACGGCUUUGGGUUGGUGGUGCGUGAGGGUGGCGCGGUGGACUGGUCGCGCCUCGAUCGCCCCGUGCUGCUCCCCUUCGUCGGCCGUGCCACCGAGGUGGAGGACAGCCUCUCGGCGCGAGCGUUGAACUGCAUCCUGCACGGGGCCUUUGACGUCGUCCCCUUCUCUGCGCUGCCGUGCGGCUCCGGGUGUCGGUUUGUGCUCAACGGAAUCUUCCUCGAGAGCGUGGCUGCCGGCGAGUCGUGCCACCUCAAGACGGCGGCGCUGCCGCCCGAGACGCAGGUGGUGCAGGUGCCGCUCUGCGACCGCACCGAGGGCGGCGGCGGCGUCGUCUCCAUCGAGCGCAAAGACCGGGCUGUCGUCUACCUGCUCCAGGCGCACGCCGCAGUGCUGCUGCACAUCCCGCCGCACAUCUUUGCCGUGCUGCAGUGCCACACCGACCACCAUCACGCCGACCGCAGCUUUGCGACGCACGUGCUUGAGUACCGGCGCCACGCCGCGUCCGUGAUGAUCGUCAACGCGCACCCCGUGUACGGCUGCGCCGCCUACGCCGCCGGCGCAAUCAACGAGCCCACCCCCCACGCCCCGCCGACGUUCGAGGUGCGCCAGCUCGCGCUCACCCUCGCCCCGGAGCAGGACGGAGAGGCGCUGCAGCACUGGCGAGCCUUUGCCGCCGCCUUCCCCGACGUGCUCGACUCUGGCAACGCGCCCUUCUUCUACAACACCCACUACCUGCGCACGUACGACUCGUGGGGCUACAUCGGCACCCCGUCGGCGGUGCGCCUCCCGCCGGACACCUUCGCUCGCGACGAUGCGCUCGCCGCCGCGCCGUGGCCCAAGUGCGCGGCUGGCUGGUGGAACCCGUUCGCGCAGCCGCUGGGGAGGGCCGAGGACCGGCGCGAGAUUGUGGCGGCGCGGCGCCGGCUCAACGAGAAGGGGCAGGGCACCCACCUCCACCGCUCCGGGCCGGUCGUGGCGGGCGGACAGUGGAGAGACGACUUCACCGACUACGAGUGGGAGGUGGGCGGGGUCGGGCGAGGCGACGGGGCUCGAGGCGCCGCCGCGGAGGAGGGCGGCUCGGCGGCAUCCCCCUCGGGCGACGCGCGGCGCACCCCCGCGAAGCGAGCCUCCGCGGAGAGCGCGCACGGCGGUCACUCCUCCUGCGACGACACGGCAGGGAACACGAGCGGCGCGAGCGCUCUUCUCGAAAACGUCGUGCUCGAACUCACCGCCGGCGGUUCCGCUGCCGAGGACGGCCAGCUUCGCAUCGGCGACAUUAUUCUCUCGGUGGACGGGGUGCCGCUGGCAGGCCGCCGGCUGAGGGAGCUUCUCGUCGAGUUGCCGCGGCUUGCCGUGCACUCUUUCGUCGUGCGGCGCGGCGAGGAGGCGUCGGCGCCGACGCCGCCCACGGAGGGCCUCCCGCCGACAGCGGCGCCGGCGCCGAUGUGGGAUGACGACGAUGGCCCAGCACCCGCGGCUGCCGAUCCAUUGACGGGCGUGCCGACGGUCUUUCUGGCGCCCACUGGGACGCGCUUCAAGACCUUCCUCGACGUGUCCCGCCUCGAGCGCUGCUCCGAGCUCUGCGCCCUCGCCGCCGCAAAGUGGCAAGAGUGCACGGGCGUGCUGCUCCGAGCGGCGAUUGCCGGGGAGCGCGAGAGGGGCGACGCCGCCCGCAGGCUGGCGGUGGGCGAGGCCGUCGCUGCGUGCGAGAGGGAGCGCGAGAUCGAGCGCAAGGCUGCGAUCGAGGCCGCAGUGGCGCAGGCGGAGCGGAAGGCGAGUGUGAUGAUUGCGCGCGCCGAGCAGACGACGGAGGCGCGGGUGACGGCGCAGUGGCAGUCGGGCGCGAGCCGGAUGCGCGACGACUCGGCGGAGGCACUCGCGCGGGUGGAGCGCGCCCGGGAGGCGAGCGCGGAGGCGGCGGCGGCGGCGCAGGAGAAGCUGGACGGGGCCAGGGCCGAGUGCGCCGCCCUGCACACGAGGCUGGAGAAGGAGGAGCGCCUCAAGGCGGAGCGCGAGAAGCACUUUGCGGCCGAGCUGGAGGCGGCUGUCGCCGAGCGGUCGCGCCAGGACGCGCCCGCGCGCGAGAGAGCAGUUCGCGAGGCGGUGGUGGCGGCCGAGCGGCGCGGCAAGGUCGAGCUCGAGGCAGCUCUGGUCAAGGCGCGCGAGGCCGAGCGCGUGGCGCUGAGCCAGCAGCUCGAGGAGGCGAUCGGCAGCAAGCAGGCGCGCCGCGGGGCGUGUGCGGCGGGCCCCCGCUCCCACCCUCGGUCCCUCGCCGCCUGCGCGGAGGCGGACGAGGCGCGCGCAGAGGGCUACGCCCGCGGCUGUGCCGAGACGACGGCGGCGCUGCUCGGCGGGGGCGGGGACGAGGGGAAGGUCACGGCUUCGUCCGCCGAGCGCUCGUCGUCCGCCGAGCGCUCGUCGUCCGCGGGCGCCGAGCGGGCUCCUCCUGCGGGCGGCGUCGAGCGGGGAAGAGCCCUCGACUUGGCCCUCGCCUCGGGGGACGACUGGCCGCUGCACCCCGGCUCCGCCCCGCAGGCAACCGACGCGGGAGAAGGCUCGGGGCGGCCGCCCGACGCUACUGCGCCGCGGCGGAGGGACGGGGCGGCUUCGCACAAAGAGGACGACCCGGGGCAGCGUCGCGAGUCGGCGGCGCGGGAGGUUGCGGCAGCAGUUGAGCUCGGACGUCGUGAAGCAGCAGCAGGUCGAGCGGAGCCGGCGGCGCGCGAGCCGGCGAGGGGGUCGGCGCGGGAGUCGUCGCUGCCAACGGGUCGCGAGUGGGAGGCGCGGCUGCAGGCGCGCCGGGCCUUUGAGGCGACGCGUCCGAGCCACGCGAGCGGCGGCAGCCGCACCGCCUCCGGCGUGGGCCGCGGCUCGCCGGCGACCGCCUCUCGCCUCGUGGGCGCGCUCAAGCAGGCGCUCGACGAAGGAGCUGGCGACGAGGGCGAGGCGGUCUCAGAAGCCCCCACUGUGGAGUUCCUGUGA